UGGCGAGCGGCCUGACUUCACACACACUCAUUUUGGAAUUCACCUCCAGUUGAAUACCGCAACACUUUCCGAUCCAUAGUUUGCCAACCAUGCCGCAGCCUGUCGCUAUUGCCUCAGAGGAGCACGCGCCGCUGCAGCUGAACCUGAUCCCGCGCCUGGCGCGCAAGGAGUCGCAGCGCGAGAUGCCCGUGGACAUCAAGGCGCCUCCGCUCACGCCCGUGCUCGUGGAGCCGCUGCGCUGGUCGGCGGCGUCCUUUUCGUUGUCGUUCCUUAGCAACAUCGACCGCCUGGAGAUCAACGAGACUGUGGAGCGCAACGGCGUCACGUACUACAUCGUGGAGGUUUACCAGUUCCACUACAACUCGCGACUACCUACGAACGUCAACAACCCACGCAUGGCCGUCACACGCCUGUCGGACGCCAGCGAGCAGCGCGAACCCGAUUUCCGCGUGGAGCGACGGUACUCGGACUUCGCCAAGCUGCGUCACCAGAUUAAGCUCUGGACCUGCCCCAACGCGCAGUGGACGUGCCAAUACUGCUACGAGUACGGCCGCUACAUGCGGUUCAAGAUGCGCCAGCCGCGCCUUCUCACGUCGCUCACCAACACCAACGUCGAGAAGCGCAAGGACAUGCUGCAGGAGUUCAUGAUCGACUUCAUCGACCUCGCACAGAACCCGUCAAAGAACACGAUUCACCGCUGCGAGGCCCACCAGCACGUGCCAGCUCUGUUAGAAAGCUUCCUCCGAGAUUGAGACACUUCAUAGUUUAGUCAGCGUUAGCAUAAUUUAUCAUCAUACAGACUGUUUUCAACCAAUCAGA